CAACGCUUCAGGCGGAGGCAUGCAUGCUUAUUGGCAGCAGUGAAGAUCUACCCCUAUAACGCCCACUCUUCAGCGUGCUCCAAGACGAGCAGACGCUUCGUGCGUAUUUGUCUUCUAACUCACCCAUCUAUCAGGAUGAUAUUGCAAGAGGCUUCCUUUUUGAGGAUCUACACCUCUGACGGAUUAGAUUGUCAUGUAUUUCAGCAGCACACGGAUAUGUAUUCUUUAUUGAAAGGUGAAACUGAAAAGCCACGGAAACUAGAUAUCUGAUUCGCCGUACCUGGGAAGAAGGAUCGAGCACAAGAAUGGGAACUAUUAGUGCGCGAAAGCAAAAGUAGAGGAAACGAUUGCGGUCCUUGAAGAAAAUGAAAGCGUGUUUUUUUUUUUUUUUUCUUCUUUUUUUUUUCUUCUUUUUUUUUGGUGCACAUUGUGAAGAACAUUGAGCUACUGUGCAACCAUACCGAACCUGUCUGAUCUUUUCCCCGGCUUUAAUUAGCGCUAUCCCACCCCGUCCUCCUUAAACGACCACCGGCUUUCACUUUUCACCGGAGGAGAAGGAGCAUCGGUGUGGAAAGGUGGAUGGAGCUCUGAAACCUGCAGCACUGUCAGUCAGUUGAGUGCCAGAUACUCUCAUGUUCCUGGGCCAAUGCCUCGAGUCUCUGCUCUCUGCAAGCCUGUCCACAUGUAGCAGCCCGAGCCUACAGCUAUCCUCAGUGCUUAUCCCGCCAGUGGAGCCUUCAUGAGCAUCUCCAGCCAUUCUACGCUUCUCAGAUAGAGUUCCCCCGAGAGAUGGAGUGGCUGAUCUUCUCCCUGCUGGUGCUGGCUGUGUCUGCGUCAGGACAGCUGUGCCCCAAGCGUUGCAUGUGCCAGAACCUGUCGCCAUCUCUAGCCAUCCUCUGUGCCAAGACCGGCCUGCUUUUUGUGCCAACAGUCAUUGACCGGCGUACAGUAGAGCUGCGCCUCACAGAGAACUUCAUCACGGCGUUAAGGAGGAGGGACUUUGCAAACAUGACCAGUCUCUUGCACCUGACACUGUCCCGCAAUACCAUCAGCCAGAUUAUGCCUUACACUUUUGCCGAUCUUAAGCGGCUACGUGCGCUACACCUAGACAGCAACCGCCUGAGCGUCAUCACAGAUGACCACUUCCGAGGACUCACCAACCUCCGGCACCUUAUCCUUGCCAACAAUCAACUGCACAACAUCUCCCCACAUGCGUUUGACGACUUCUUGGGGACUCUCGAGGACCUGGAUCUCUCAUACAAUAACCUGGUGGACAUUCCGUGGGAGACUAUAGGACGCCUCACCAAUGUGAACACUCUCAACAUGGACCAUAAUCUCAUAGAGCAUGUCCCUCUAGGAGUCUUUUCGAACCUACACAAACUAGCCCGUUUGGAUAUGACAUCUAACAAGCUAAAGAAAAUACCUCCUGAUCCCUUGUUUCUUAGGAUACCAGUUUAUGCCAAGUCAAAAGGGUCACCCCUUUCCUCCCUCGUCCUAAGUUUUGGAGGGAAUCCACUACACUGUAACUGUGAGCUACUCUGGCUAAGGAGGCUAACUAGGGAGGAUGACCUGGAGACUUGCGCGUCACCUCCAGACCUUAUGGCAAAAUACUUUUGGACCAUCCCAGAGGAAGAGUUCAUCUGUGAUCCCCCCGUGAUUACAAGGAAAUCUCCCAAAACCUUCGCCAUGGAGGGCCAGCCCACCAGUCUGAAAUGCAAGGCCAAUGGGGACCCAGACCCAGACAUUCACUGGAUAUCCCCAGAGGGCCGUCUAAUCGCUAACACCUCCCGUACUUUAAGCUUUAGCAAUGGGAGCUUGGAGAUCAACAUCACUUCACUGAAGGAUACAGGAGUCUUCACCUGCAUUGCGUCUAAUGCGGCGGGGGAGUCUACAGGCACGGUGGAGUUGGUGGUCAACCCUUUGCCGCACUUAGCUAACAGUACUAAUCGAAUUCGAGAACCUGAUCCAGGACCAUCCGAUAUCCUAACCUCUGCAAAGUCGACUUCAUCUGUAAGCAAUGAGACCAGGUCUCAGGAGAGGAAGGUGGUACUUGCUGAACUUACGGCAAAUUCUGCACUCAUCAGGUGGCCUUCACAACAUAAUUUCCCUGGAAUCAGGAUGUUUCAGAUUCAAUACAACAGCUCGGCAGAUGACACUUUGGUCUACAGAAUGAUUCCCUCCACGAGUUACGACUUCCUGGUCCGAGACCUCGUAUCUGGACGGGAGUACGACCUGUGCGUUCUGGCCGUCUACGAUGAUGGCGUGACCUCGCUGACCGCCACGCGCCAAGUGGGCUGCAUCUCAUUCGUCACGGAGACGGAGUACAGCCAGUGCCAGUCACUCCGCAGCCAAUUCCUGGGCGGCACCAUGAUCAUCAUCAUCGGAGGAAUCAUUGUGGCCUCCGUCCUCGUUUUCAUCAUCAUCCUCAUGAUCCGGUAUAAAGUCUACAGCCAUCAUGGGGCAGAUUCCGGAAAGGGGACUGCUAUGACAAAUGUGCGCUCGCAGACCAAUGGGGGGCAAGCAGCGGGGCAGGUCCCGCACUCCAGCUCCAAAAUCAUGGAGGGCCAGGAAGCUACAGGAGCGGGUUUUGGGGGGGCCACCGGGGCCGCUGCUAGUUUAAAAGACUCCACUGCCAUGGUGCAGGACACAGACUCUGAGACAACUGUGCAGAUAUCAGAGAUGAUCUCUGAGGACAUAGUCUCCCCCACACAAAGGCACCAUCCAAGGACUUGUAUAGAGCUCAAGAGACGGCCUUCUUUGUCCUCCAAAGAGGGUACAAGCUCAGACACACCAGGAGACAUGGCAAGCCCGCAGCUCACCGAUGAGAAGAAGGUUCAACGAGACUGGAGCGACUUUAAAAUUUGAUGACUCCUUCCGCUGUCCCGCAAGAGACAGCUAUCAGCCCUAAAAAAUUUGACCAGGCCAUCUGAUUAUGGGGAGGAAUAUAGAAUAAUUUGUCUGCACCCCUACUGGACUUUCUCCCAUGAGCAUUAUCUUCUCACACUGUAUUCCAAGGACUACCCAACCGUUUCCUAUCGGGACAAAUUUGAGGACUCAAUCCACUACUUCAACCAAUGGAAACGGAGCACAAUAAUUGUUCUCCAUCACUGUCUUUUGGAACAUAUUGCCUUUUACAUCCCCACGGCCAGGACUGUCUAAGUGUUUGCUGCCGACUACAGUAUGCAUUGUUUACUGGACGGUCUGGGUUGAAGAACGACAUCUUGCUGAAGGGAUAUUCAUCAUCCUCCACCCAUUCAAUCAUGCAAACUGCACCAGUGAGUGGAAACUCAGAUGGGACAAAGUAAACAGCAUGUCUGUGCUUUCUGCACUUUCAUCAGUCUGCCCUUCUGUGUCUCCUCCUGCAUCUCCUCCAGCUUUACAGUGUCAGUCGUGACCCUCUCGUCCAGUGAGAACUCAAACCUAAAGGAUUUAAAGCAACAAACAGACGGCAACAUCAGCAACAGUCCCGAAUGGGAGCACAAAUACACCUGUUAAUUUGAGUUGUCUGGUCACUUUUUAUUUUGUCAUUUUCUUUUGUAAUUGUACAUAAAUCAAUUUAAGAUCUUAUAGUUUUGUAUAUGUAAUUUUUAUGGUGUGUGAUGUUUUUUUUUAAAU